UGCGCUAGCCACGGCUAGCCGCUAGCCAAGCACAUUGUUUUGCAGAUGGGCCGCAUUGUCAUUCAAUUGUUGAAGUUAUGUUCGCUCUUACUUUAAAAACAGGCCAAUGUCAACCCGCACAAACUCUGUACGACAGCACCGCAAGCUCCCCGUGACUCCGCAUCGAAUUUUGCAUCUCUUGUACCCAUGUGAUCACUGUCAAUGGUCGCCCAAGUUUGUGCCCGCAACAGGUUCCUGACAGUAGCCGUCUGCUUCAUCGUCGCGUGGCUCGUGGUGCAGUUGAUAACCACGCAGCAAUGUCUCAACCAAAGCCAAACGUACGCGGUCUCGGAAAGCUGGAAGCACUCCUGCCUACGGAAAAUCGUCGACAGCUUAGUGUCGUCAGCCGUUCAUUCAGACUGCAUAGCGGCGGUCGAGAAGCUCGCAGAUGGUCAGCGGCAGCGGGUAAUUUAUGCAGUAACGCCUACGUACGCACGUCCGGUACAAGAAGCCGAGCUGACGCGGCUUUGUCAUACAUUUCGUCUGGUGCCGUACUUGCACUGGAUCGUCGUCGAAGAUUCGACUGUUCGAACAGCUGUGGUGUCGGACCUUUUAGCUCGUUGCGGUGUGGCCUACACGCAUCUGUACGCUGCUACGCCAGCUGAUCGCAAGCUGAAGCCCGACGAUCCCAGCUGGCUUCUUCCAAAGGGUGUCCUCCAAAGAAACGAAGGCCUGCGUUGGCUACGGAACAAUGCACAGCAGCUGCAUCCCAGCGGCAUAGUCUACUUUGCUGACGACGACAACACCUACGAUCUACGUCUGUUUGACGAGAUGCGAAAGACCGUCAAAGUGUCUGUGUGGCCUGUGGGCUUGGUUGGAGGCUUGUUGGUCGAGCAGCCCAUAGUUAAGGAUGGCCGUGUUGUUGGCUGGAAUGCUCUCUGGAAGCCGUACAGGCGCUAUCCUCUGGACAUGGCGGGUUUCGCUGUAGCCCUGCGACUUCUCCUUGACAACCCCAGUGCCCAGUUCCGGCUUCGGCUACCCCGUGGCCAGCAGGAGUCUUACCUGCUGAAGCAGCUCGUGUCAGGACCAGAGGAGUUGGAGCCUCGAGCUGGGAACUGCACUCAGGUUCUCGUGUGGCACACUCGCACCGAGAAGCCUAAGCUAGAUCAGGAACGACGCCUCAGCAAGACAGGACACGCUAAACAACCAAAGCAGGCCGCUGCAAAGCAACGGCCGCAGGAAUGACCGUGCGAGUGUGCCUUGUGGAUGGAUGGAUGAAAAAACUUUAUAAAGGUCCUUCGGAACCGCCUCCACGUUCGAACAGAAACACCAAGUCUCUCUGCUGCGUCACGGGCCCGUUGGACUGCCCACAGCUGUUCCUUGAGUCCAGGGCUACCAAUGCAGCAGCCUCCCAUUUGAACGGCGUGAUGCCUUCACCACCGCGUAACGUGGGGCACCGUUAGAGCAUAUGUUCUAAGCAUGCUGUAUCCGUGCAUAAUGAACACGCAUUAUUAGUUGGAUGUAUCUUCGGAUAAAUCCUGUGCAAUAGUGUUGGGGUUAGGGUACGCCCCGACCUGAAGUAGUGCGAGUGUCAGAACCUGUGCUCUGCUUAACUUUCUGCGUGGCGGAGUGUACCAUCUCUGCCCCAGGUAAAUGUGUUUCGUGCCAUGUGGAGCGACCAAAGUUUUUGUGUGUGAAAGCAAUGGAAUGUGCGGGAUACCCUAUUGACGAGCCUCUGUGCUUGACUGGGCGCUUGGACUAUCGUCACACUCGAUCACUUCUGGCAACACAUACUUCAGCAGUUGAUACUAGUCCAACUGAACUUUACUUUAGCGUCACAGUUUCUCUUGUAAUGAGAACGCUGGCAUCACUGUUGGGGGAAAAGGUGUGCAUACUCAUUCAUUUUUGUGGGACUGCAAGCGCUAGCAGUAUCUGGCCUUCGUGGUCAUUGCUAGCAGCAUUCAACAUGUACGGAAAUUGUGAAUGUAUUGUGCCAAGCAUGCUUGUUGCAUAGUAGAGUAAGAAAUCCAGGCAGUGGCAUAGGUGUUAGCAGGGUUCUGCUUUAGGGGGGCGAAGUCUCACCGCAGCCUCCUGUUGGUCGACUCCGAAAGAAAACGAGCUUCACGAAGGAUGCAGUAGUGAAAAUGAAGUGACGACGUGCUUCUUGCAAUGGCCUGCCUCUGGUCCCCGGCUUUCUGGGCGUAAACGUGGGAAGUAAACAGUUGUUGGAAUGCAACAUCAGUAGUAGUUCUCAGCAGCCGUUAUCGACAAAAACCUGCAUAGCCAUAACACUGCAUAUUGAACAAUGACUGGACAGGUUAAACUGAGUAAGGGUAUGGGACAGGCUUGGCAUCCCCCAUCCCCAUCCCCAUGCACAAGCCUAUGGGCAAUAGUGUUAUAUGAAACUGUCACAUGCUUGAAAAUUGUAACGUCAUGCCUGGUGUUGCUCUAGUGCUUUCUGGUAUGACACUUAAAACAAGAGUGCAUAGAUGCACGACUAUGGCAUUCACAUGUAGCUGCACAAGGUUUUGAACAGUGGAGAGGAGGAUCAACUUAAGCAUGCCAGCAAUGCGUUCCUUCAUUAAUAAACAAACAUUUUGGGCAAGCAAAGAUGCUCCUUGCACU